AAAAUUGAGUCAUUUCUUCUUCUCCCUCUUUGCUUCCCCACCCUGCAAAUUUUAAAACAGCCAAAACCAAAACAAAACCUGAAACAGCAAAAUGUUUAAUUCUUGUUUGUUGUUCUAAUGGUGAAAUACUGCAGGGACACAGAAUCGGACUUUUAUUUCAUUUCUGAUGCGUCGAAAUGUCAAUGCAAAUUGCAAGUCUGUUGUAUUUUGUUUGUUUCUCUUGCGUGUUGCUUCUAUGGAAAAAACAGCAGUCCUCCGCUGCCCAAAGUGUGUAAAAUGCCUCCUUCAUAACCUGAGACUUACUUUCAUUUUCUAGGUGCUGGAGAGUCUGGUAAAAGCACCAUUGUGAAGCAGAUGAGGAUCCUGCAUGUUAAUGGGUUUAAUGGAGAGGGCGGCGAAGAGGACCCGCAGGCUGCCAGGAGCAACAGCGAUGGUAGUGAGAAGGCCACCAAAGUGCAGGACAUCAAAAACAACCUGAAGGAGGCCAUUGAAACCAUCGUGGCCGCCAUGAGCAACCUGGUGCCGCCCGUGGAGCUGGCCAACCCCGAGAACCAGUUCCGCGUGGACUACAUUCUGAGCGUGAUGAACGUGCCGGACUUUGAUUUCCCUCCCGAAUUCUACGAGCACGCCAAGGCUCUGUGGGAGGACGAGGGAGUCCGAGCCUGCUACGAGCGCUCCAACGAGUACCAGCUGAUUGACUGUGCCCAGUACUUCCUGGACAAGAUUGAUGUCAUCAAGCAGGAUGACUAUGUCCCCAGCGAUCAGGACCUGCUUCGCUGCCGUGUCCUGACUUCUGGAAUCUUUGAGACCAAGUUCCAGGUGGACAAAGUCAACUUCCACAUGUUUGAUGUGGGCGGCCAGCGUGACGAACGCCGCAAAUGGAUCCAAUGCUUCAAUGAUGUGACUGCCAUCAUCUUCGUGGUAGCCAGCAGCAGCUACAACAUGGUCAUUCGGGAGGACAACCAGACCAACCGCCUGCAGGAGGCUCUGAACCUCUUCAAGAGCAUCUGGAAUAACAGAUGGCUGCGCACCAUCUCUGUGAUUCUGUUCCUCAACAAGCAAGACCUGCUCGCUGAGAAAGUCCUUGCUGGAAAAUCGAAAAUUGAGGACUACUUUCCAGAAUUUGCUCGCUACACUACUCCUGAGGAUGCGACUCCCGAGCCCGGAGAGGACCCACGCGUGACCCGGGCCAAGUACUUCAUCCGCGAUGAGUUUCUGAGAAUCAGCACUGCCAGUGGAGAUGGGCGUCACUACUGCUACCCCCACUUCACCUGCGCUGUGGACACCGAGAACAUCCGCCGUGUGUUCAACGACUGCCGCGACAUCAUCCAGCGCAUGCACCUCCGUCAGUAUGAGCUGCUGUAAGAAGGGAACCCCCAAAUUUAAUUAAAGCCUUAAGCACAAUUAAUUAAAAGUUCAAUGUAAUUGUACACGCAGUUAAUCACCCACCAUAGGGCAUGAUUGACAAAGCAACCUUUCCUUUCCCCUCCGAAUGGUUUUGCGAAACCCCUUUUCCCUUUCAGCUUGCUUAAAUAUUCCAAAUUUAGAAAGCUUAAGGCGGCCUUCAGAUAAAGAAAAAGAAAAAAAGGCCAAAAUGGUUCCCUCUCUCUUUGAGUAACUAAAAUUAACAGCAGCAAACAGAAAUAAAUGAAUUAAAUGAAUUAAAUAUUGUCUUGUGCAGCAUUAAAAAAUCAAUAAAAAUUAAAAAUGAGCAAAG